UUGUGUUCUUUCCUAACCUAUGUAUUAAAUCAAGUUUAUGCCAAGUAGUAGAAAAUAUUGUUAAGUUUGUUCUUGUCGUUUUAUUUUGUUGUAUUAUACGUGUUGUAUACGUUUGUAAAAUGACUAUGUGUUGAAUAAAUCUGGGUUUUCGUAUUAUUUAAGCUCGUUUUAGUUAAGUGUUUAUGUGGACCGACUAUGGAGAGGUAUGAUGAGUGGCGAUUCAACCAGUGACGAUACAAGCUCGAGUGAACAAUCCGCAACCACAACCACUUGCACCUCGCCCAGUUUCUACCAAGACUCAACAUCGUAUUCCUCACAAGAUGUCAGCUCCAGUCGAGCCACUACAGUUCCAGGCUCUCUGCAAUGUUACAGCGGCUUUUCAACAAGCAGAGACAAUGAUAUUUAUGUGACUUUCAAUAAUAUCAAAAGCCCGGAAUCUGAUGCGGAAAUCAAGCCAAAACCGAAGAAAUCAGCAGCGUCCAGUAAGUGUACGAGUGCCCAAAGGAAGAAGAAGAAGAAAAAGAAAGCCACAAUAUGCACAACUUAUUGCAAGUACGACAUAAUCCGGCGUAUCGCCUCCAAUCUGGGAAUGCGCGAGGUGGGCGAGCGGGACCUAUGGAACUUGAUGUGGACAGACUGUUUUAUCUCUGUGGAACGGGCCAAGGAGAUGCGAAGAUUCCAGAAAGUCAACCAUUUUCCUGGCAUGUCAGAAAUAUGCCGCAAAGACCUACUGGCACGAAACCUUAACCGCAUGCUCAAAUUCUUUCCAAAAGACUAUAACUUCUUUCCAAAAACCUGGUGUCUUCCAGCUGAUCUCGGUGAAGUUUUGGCGUAUUCACGGUGUCAUCGGAACCGGACUUUUAUCCUGAAACCUGACAUCGGCUGUCGGGGUCGGGGGAUCUUCCUUACCAAGAACCUCAAGGAUGUCAAACCUUUUGAGAGGAUGAUCUGCCAAGUUUAUAUAUCUAAGCCAUUUUUGGUGGAUGGAUUCAAGUUUGACAUGAGGGUGUACACUCUGAUCUCUUCCGUUGACCCACUGCGUAUAUAUGUUUACAACGAUGGUCUGGCCAGGUUCGCAACUAGCCGCUACUGCGAGCCUGCGCCCCACAAUAUUACCAACAUGUACAUGCACCUUACCAACUAUUCAGUGAACAAACACAGCCGAACGUACAUUGUGGAUGAAGAGGCUGGUAGUAAAAGGCGCAUCUCCACUCUGAACAACUGGUUGGAGAAGAAGCACUAUAAUGUAGAGCAGAUCUGGGCGAGCAUCGAUGACAUCAUCAUCAAGACUGUGAUUGCUGGACACCCGACCUUGAAACACUCAUACCAUGCCUGCUUCCCCUGCCACGACUUCACCUUCGCCUGCUUCGAGAUUCUUGGGUUCGACAUCAUACUUGAUUACAAGCUCAAGCCACACCUGUUGGAGGUGAACCACUCUCCCAGCUACCACACGGAUGCGGAGCUGGACAGAGAUGUAAAGGAGAGCCUACUCAAGGAUACGUUCACCAUCCUGAACCUGACGCGCUGUGAUAGGAAGCGAGUGAUGGAGGAGGAUCGGCAGAGAGUUCGAGAGAGACUCAUGCAGGCAAUUGUGACAAAGCCUCAAAUGCCUGAUAUGAACGAUACGGCCAGCACUUUAGAUGCCCUCACAAGCCAAAUCAAGUGGGAGGAGAGUCACCUGGGCAACUACCGCCAGAUCUACCCCUCAGAUAGGGAUUCCAAGUAUCAGCUGUUCUUCACACAAACCCAGAGCUCUCUGUUCCAGGAGACAUUUGCGUCCCGUGCACGCGAAGAAGCUGGCCGCCUUCACCGUGAGGAGUUUGAGAUGAAGCUUCGAGGUGAAGCCAAUUUGCGGAUCGGCAACAGAUACAAACAGCCACAUCCUGAAUCUCCGCUCACUAAACCUAGGAUCAAGAAACUGCCUUCGAGGAAGAAAGAUUCAUCCAACUCGUUUGAACCUGUGCCAAUUGUUGAAGCCGAGGAGAAGGAGAGGGUAGCCCUCAUGGCCCAGAGAGAUUUUCUCAUUCGUAGUUUCCGAGUUGUAGACCAGGUUGCCUCGGUGUUGAAGAAAAUGUCUAACGAGAAGAUCAAAGUUGGCGAAACGAAGAGCGAAACCAAACCACAACCACCUCCUCCACCUAUGCCACCGAAGAAGCUGUGUUCUCUCCCGAAUACCACCUGUACAGAGCCUUUGAAUAAAACUGUUCAGAAACUGCCACCGAAAGAAAACCAAACAAAUUGUCAAUCUGUUAAAGGAACCGUAAUUGAACCUCCGACUACAUUGCAAGCAGCCAGUAAGGCGGAAGCGUACUUCAAUGAUCGAUGGCACACACCGAAAACUCUUAGUGCCAAAACCUCUUCCUCUGUCUUCCCGAACAAAAUGGCUCUGGAUCCUCCUGUACCCGGGUUACAAGUGAUGUGUAAUGAAGCAACGAUACGGGUGCGACCAGAUCUGCCUGCGUCUGCGCAGUGGCCCACGCUCGGUGCCAAGAGUACCAAGGCACACAUCGCUCGGCACUUCUCCAACACCGUCAAGAUUCACGGGCUCGAGCGGCGACUCAGCAGUGAAAAGUUCAUCUCCUUUCAUUGAAUAUUUGCUCAAUGUUCAGCCUUGCUCAUCAAAGACUCUGUACGGUUUUUUGUUUCUAUGUGAAUUUUAGUAUUGUAUUGUUGAAAUUAAAGAAUAUACAGUUUUGCA